CUAUUCAGACUGCUACACAAUGUACACCAAUCAGAGUGCCACCAAAUGUGCUGCUAGUGCCUACUGUCAGCUGAUAAGGCAGGUGGACAUGUCCUACAAUGCUAGCUGCAGCACCCCUUGUGCUGAUAAGUGCGUCAACAACACUCAGAUAGACUGCGCUGUGGCCUGCUGCAAUUCUACUGGCUGCCUCAAUACCACUUUUGAAUCGAUGAUGAUGACAACAACCACAGUAAGUGCAACCACCUCAGCAAGAACAACAACAACAGCAACGACAACAACAACCACACCAGUCAGUACAACGACUGCCACCAGUCCAGCAAACAAUGAAAACAAAUGUCAUCAAGGUGUAUGUGUUGGCGCAACUUGCUACACAGCUUUUAAAGAUGCAGCGCUCCAAAUAUGCAAGUCCUCUGAGCAACACUGUCAGCUUAAAAAGGAGACCAAAGACUCCAUGUUGAAAUGGACAGCAGGUUGCAUCGGUAACUGUUCAGGCCAAACCUCAUGCGAGGCUGAUACAAAACCUCCAUGUUAUCUAGAGUGCUGCAACGCCACUGUGACGUCUUGCCUACGGUUGAAUGUCCCCUCUUUCGCCACAAGAGGUCCUUAUAUUCACACAGAAUUGGUUGCUUGCUUACUUUGCCUUCUUGCCAUCACUUUAAUGCUGUGAUUGGUUGAGUAUGAGCUCGCUCAGUUGCUGUGUGGGUCAUUAGGUAACCAGAGAUUUGUGUAACUUCCACUCCCUCCGGUAAUAAAGCUUAGCUGUGCAGAGGUUAACACUACUUAAUUUACACUCAUUUAUCUCAGUGAUAUUCAUAUGUGGUGGUAAUGUAUAUAUGUAUGGAAUUAUGUAAAGCUUCAGCUACAAUGUUGAUAUUAUUUCUUGUUUAAUUAAAGCUUCCCAAUUACAUUUUAUCUCUGUUUCAAGACCAAUGAAAAGUGGCUUUGAACAGUAUUUCUAGAUUAAAAAAUACAUCAACUUCAGGAAUUCAGAAAAUGCAAGUUUCUUGUCUUCAUAAUUGACAAAAUAAACCAAACCAAACUUUAUUCUCAGUGAAGGUUUAAGAAAUGAUAUUGAAUUUGUUAAACACCUUGUAAUUUGUUUUAGCCAUGACCUUACCCAUAACUGUGAUUGAAUUCAGGUGCUGUCUUCUUAAAAAAGGCCAACAGCAGUUUUUGUUUGUGCCUUCCCACUUUCAACAGACUGUAGACAAAUUUUAAUUCUGGAUGGGUGAGUGAGCCUCAACACAACAACAUCUGUUAACGUGGAUAAAUGUUUUAUUACCAAAACCUCCCCCUAGAUUAUCAUCUCUUUAAACCAUUGUGAGAGUAACGCAGCUAUGACUCUAUAUGCACUUUAUGAAACACAAACGUUUGCUGAAGCAUCUCUGUAGAUUUAAUCAUAUUAAAAUGUGUGAUUCUGUACUUUGUCUACUUUUUGUCUAAUAUUUUUGUGAAUUGUGAAUUAUAUAUCUUUAUGGUUUACAAAUUAUAUUUUUGGUAUAAGGUGUCAUGUACAUGUUAAAUGAAAUCAGAAUGGUGUCAGUUUAUUCUAGUUUUGUGUCCUGUAAAA